AUGCGGACUCAUUUGCUGCUCAUCUCUGCCCUUGUGGUAGCAGCCCAGGCAGUGACUUACUCUGGAGACCUGCGGCCCCAGGUCCACUUCUCCCCUCCGGCGAAUUUCAUGAAUGAUCCCAACGGACUUUUCUACGACAGCAAGAGAGAGAUCUAUCAUCUUUAUUAUCAAUAUAAUCCCUACCAGACUGUCGCGGGUAAUCAGCACUGGGGCCAUGCCACCAGCCCAGAUCUUUAUCACUGGACUAACCAUCCCAUUGCUAUUUCCCCCAGCAGGUCGGAUGAGUAUAUCUUCUCUGGGUCCGCUGUGGUGGACAGCAAUAACACCUCAGGCUUCUUCCCGGGCCAAGAUGACGGUGUAGUGGCCAUCUACACUCUGGCGACUGCGGAAUUACAAGCGCAACACAUCGCCUACUCCACCGAUGGCGGAUACACGUUCACCAAGUAUGAGGGCAAUCCUGUGCUUGAUAUUGGAUCCAGUCAAUUCCGCGACCCUCAAGUUGUGUGGCACUCGGAGACGGAGCGCUGGGUCAUGACUAUCGCGUACGCAGACGACCGUGUCAUUGGAUUUUUCACGUCGCCUGAUCUCAAGGAAUGGACUCAUGCUUCCAACUUCACGCAGACUGGAUUGCCGGGGACGCAGUUUGAAUGCCCCAACCUGGUCAGGUUCUCUGUGGGUCCUGUCCUACCCCAGGAGAACACUAAGGAUGUGCUUUUCAUCUCUGUCAAUCCCGGCGCACCGCUCGGCGGCUCAGGGACGUUUUAUGUCGUCGGCACAUUCAACGGAACUCAUUUUGUCUCUGAGACUGCCCAUGAAACACUCUAUGACUUCGGCAAAGACAACUAUGCCUCUCAGUGGUACUCGGGGAUUUCUGAGGACGAGCCUCCUGUCUCUAUUGGGUGGGCUAGCAAUUGGAAUUAUACUGAACAAGUCCCCACAGGCCCGCUCGAAGGCUGGAGAGGCGCAAUGACCCUACCCAAAGUGCAUACUUUGACUAAAGUCGACGGAUCCUGGCUCGUCACUCAGCAACCAUUCGACGACCUGUCCUCCGUCCGGGAUAAGCGGUUGAGAGCACAUGUCGCUCAGAAUGGCGAUGUCACCCUGGACUUCAAACAUGUCCCCUCCCAUGCAAUUUACUUCGAUGUGAGGGUCGAUGGCAUCUCGCAAUCCACAUCGGCCGGACAGGUAUUCUUCAACUUCACCUCGUCCAAAUCUGGCGAAUACAUCGACGGUGGUCUCAACUUCAACACGGGCCUGUUUUGGAUCGAUCGGGCAGGUACCCAUCUCUUCACUCAGGCAAAUAGCUCAGGGUAUUGGCCAGUCUUCAACACGACCCUUACGGCGUUCGAGCAGAGCAGGUUUUUAUUCUCUGGUGUCAUCGACCGCUCACUUCUCGAGGUAUUCCUGGAUGACGGAAAGCAGACCGGCACGAUGAGUUUCUAUCCGGCCUCACCGCUGGAUACUCUGACGGUUUUCGGCAGGGAUUUGGGCGAGAAGAUCCGGUUUCAUGUUGAAGCGUGGGGUUUGGAGAGCGGGUGGUGA